AUGCUCAGAGCUCUGAAUUUUUGGAAUUUUUUGGGCUUUAGAUCCAGUAAAAGUGACGUUUUUAAUAUUCAAGUGCCCAAUAUACCCAAACUUAGCGAUUCUCAUAACUAUUGGUAUUGGCGAAUUCUUCUGCGUGCCUAUCUCGAGGCCAUUGGACUGUGGUCAGGCAACGCUCCGCUUGAGUGUCCGCAGAGUAAGUUUAUCUUGUUAAGCACAAUUGAGCUGUGGCUUUUAUCUCGCGAUUAUGAAGCAAUAGGCGCCAUAGCUCUAUUCAACGAUUUGUAUUUACGCUUUGGAAUGGGAAGAAUUAAUGAAAUAUAACAAACAUUUGUUACAUAUGAAAUUCAAAUUACCGCCAAAGUAAACUUUCGUCAAGUUGGCUGCACGAGCCCUACCUCCAAUGUAUACACAUAAAGAAAAGUAAACGAGUUGGCAGCCCCAGCUCAGGGGCCACACUGAAACUCAUUC